AUGAAUUCAAUAGCUUUUUGGAAUUGUAGAGGGGCCAAGAAAAGAGAGGCCUCUCUAUAUCUCAAGGAGGUGAUUAAAGAUCAGGGUAUUUUGUUUGUGGGCUUAGUGGAAACUAAGAUCAAUGCUUUUGACAAAGUUUCCUUUGAGAAGAUUAUGGGAGCUGAUUGGGAUUUCUUUCUUCUUCCAUCUGAUGGCUUUUCCGAAGGUAUUAUGAUGUUGUGGAGGUCGGACUUAGCUUCUUUCUCAGUUUUAAAGGAAGCAGAUCAGUGUAUUAUUGGAGACCUCAAUGUCUUUAAUAAAGGGGUGUGGAUGAUUGCUACUAUCUAUGGCAAUAAGGAAGUUAUUAAGAGGAGAGAGUUAUGGGGGAGUUUACAUGAGGUUUCUAAUAGAAAGAUUCCUUUCAUUGUUGGGGGAGACUUCAAUUGUAUUUUGUCUCAAGAAGACAAGAGGGGUGGAAGAAAAUUUGUUUUUUCUCAAGGUCCCAAAGAGAUGGCUGAUUUCUUAAAUGUAAAUGACUUACAUUAUGUGGGAUUUAUUGGUUCAAGAUUCACUUGGUGUAACAACAAAUUAGGAGGAGAUCGUAUACUAGAGAGAUUGGACAGGAAUGGGAUGCUUAAAUUUGAAGAUGUUUGGAUCUCUUAUAAAGCUUCGUCCUUUAUUAUUGCUAGAGUUUGGAGGAAGGAGUACCAAGGAAGUGAUAUGGAAAUUCUCAAUAAGAAAUGUAAGAAAGCAUUGAAGGAAUUAUUUUAUUGGAGCAAGGCAAGAAUCAGGGACUUUUCUUUGGAGAAGGAGAAACUGAAAGAAGAAAUCUCUCAGAUUCAUGAAGAAGAGGCUUCGGUGGGGUGGCUAACUGAGGAAAAGCUUUGGAUGCUGAGAUCAAAAGUUAAAGAACUUAAUUUGGUUCUUUCACGAUUGAAUACGUGGUGGAGACAAAGAGCAAAUGCUAAGUGGAUAGAAGAAGGUGAUACUAAUUCUAAAUUUUUUCAUUCUUUUGCAAACACUAGAAGAAAUGGAAAAAGGAUUUCUCAAAUUAAGAAUGAUGAAGGAGUACUCACAGAAGAUCCUGAAGAGCUGCAUAAGGAGUUUUAUAAUUUUUUUCAAAACAAAUGGAAGAAAAGGAGCUGCUGCACUGUUAAUUGGCCAAACCCAUUAUCUGUGCUGGAUGAUGUUGAUAGAAGAAGGCUGGAAGUUCAAAUCUCAGAUGCGAAAAUUCUGGAAGUUAUCAAAAGGCUUGACAAAAACAAAGCACCAGGACCUGAUGGUAUAAUGUAUUCUUUUAUUAAAAAUUACUGGAGCAUUGUAGGUAUUGAUGAGGGAAAGGACUUAGGCAUCAAAGUUGCGGCUAGAUGUCAGAAGAUAUAUAAUUUGCUUUAUGCAGAUGAUGUCCUUUUGCUAUCUGAUGUUAAGAUUAAAAGCAUCAAGAAGAUGAAUAUUAUUUUAAGCAAUUACUGUGGAUGGACUGGACAAAGAUUGAAUCUUAAAAAAUCUGCCAUGGUUAUUAGCAAAAAUGUUGAGAGAAGAAGGAAGAAGAAAAUUGCAAAAAUCCUGGAGAUUAAGGUGGUAGAAGAACUUGAAUAUUUGGGAACAAAGUUGGCUUUAAGAAGACUGAAGAAGGCAAACUUUCAAUUCUUAUUGGACAAAUCAUUGAAGAUCUUAAAUUCAUGGGGAAAUAGAUAUAUUUCUCUGGCUGGAAAACUAGUGCUAGCUAAUUCAAUUUUUUGUAAUCUGCCAUUGUUUUUAAUUUCUCAUUCCCUUAUUCCUUUAAGUGUGCUGAGGGAAUUUGAGAAAAACUGCAGGAAUUUCAUUUGGAACAAUCAAGAAGGGAAACAUGGAUUGCAUUAUUUGGCUUGGGAAGAUCUGUGCAAACCAAGAACAGCCGGUGGUUGGGGACUUCACUCAGCAAUUUCUAGUGUUGAAACAUUGAGAGCUAAAUUCUCAUGGAAUCUGGUAGUUAAUCCAAAUUCUCUAUUAAAUAGAAAUCUCUUGGUCAAAUACGGGGAAGACUGGUGGAAAAAAGAUGUUAUUAAAGGAGGUUCUUCGGCAUGGAAGAUUAUUUCUAGUGGUUGGAAUGCUAUGAAGAAUAUUAUCAUAUGGAAUGUGGUGAAAGGAACUCAUAUAAAUGUAUUGAAGGAUGUUUGGAUAUUGGACAAAUGCUUACUCAAAUGGCCAACCUUUGUAGUUACUUUUGAAGAUGCUAAUAUCACUCUUGACUCUUUUAUUCUAGAUGGCAGAUGGAACUUGGAGAAGUUACUACUUUUUUUUGGGGAAGACUUGGUAAAUGUUAUUAGUAACAUCCAAAUACAUCAAGAUGAAGAGGCGGAUUUUUUGGAUCUGAAAUAUAAAUUCUCAGGAAAAACAAUUGCUGCAUUGAUUAAAGAAGAUACGGUGAAGAUGGCUGGUGAAAAUCUGUACUUAUGGAUCCAUAAGUUGAAUUUAUAUGCAAGGGUGGAAGUUUUCAUUUGGAGACUAUGUAAAAAUGCCAUUCCAACAGCAGAAUUUCUGAUGAGAAGAAGAUUAUCAAAUAGUAGUUUGUGUCCAAGAGGAUGUGGAGAGGUGGAGAAUGUGGACCAUAUAACUUCUAACUGUCCAAAGCUGAUAAAAGUAAUCUGCAUUCUACGAGAAUGGGGUUUUCAUGUUCCUCUUUUUUAUUCUUUUCAGCAGUGUAUGAAGGAGCUAAAAGUUUUAUCUAAGAAGAAUCCGAUGAUGGUAAAGGUCUAUUUUAAUUUGUUAUGGAUUUCCUGGAAUGAUAGAAAUAAAACAAAACAUGGCAAGAAGGAAGACGGUGAGACUGUUUUGGCUGCAAAUGUGAUUAGCCUUGUCGCAAUGGAUAAACGGCACAAAGUACUCUCGGAAAACUGGGAUGCUUUUCAAUUCACUGGAUUGUCUAAAGAUUUUGCAUCCUCCACCACCCGAGUGAUACAAGAUUAA